AGUGAGCAAUAGUUCACUGGAUGUGGGAUACAGAGUGGGAUCUGCAGCAGAACAAGAUCACAUAGCAGAUAUACCAAGAAAGUGUGAGACUGUCGACUGCCCAUGACUCUAAAAUAAGCUGUGAGGGAUUGAUUUUUUGAUUGGAUCGGACCCUACAGGCCAUGUGAGCACAGACAUUUAAUCUGGGAUAGCUGUGAUCAAGUCGUUGUGCUAUUUUGAGGGUCAAAAUUAGGACUUCAGUGCUUCACUAAAGUCAUUUUCCAAUUUCUUGUCUGUUUCUGAUCAACUGGAUAUCAAUCGAGCAGUAACUUUGGAGGACUUGACAGUAGGAGUGAUUGUAAUGCUCUGCUUAUUGAGUGGAGGAAGAGACACGUUAAAUCUAGGAGGCACAGACAUGAUGUUGCUCUGUGGCCAUUUACUUUUCUGCCUCGGGAGGAUAGAGUGGUUCUACCCGUAACAGAAGAGAAGAGUUGCCUGAGGAGAAACAUGCAGCAGUUUGGCUAAAAGAAAAAAAAGGAAAGCUGGAACAUUUAUUGGAAACACUUGCACACAAGGAAAUUGCUUUUGUGGCUCACCUCUCAUUUCCAGUUGAGUCUGUUUUAGACGGCGCUGUGCACCUACUGUGAGCCCGGUCAGUGUUUUAUGAGCCGGGCUGCCCCACUGAGGCAUGAGUGUGGGAAGGGCCCACCACCACAGCUUCGUGUCCUGUGAAGAAGAAGGCCUGAGACUAAGUACCAUGCCUGCUGUGGGCAGCUUCGGCAAUGGCAAGAUUCACACGAGACGCAAAUACCACAGCCGGUUCGUCAGCAAGGCUGGCCAAUGCAACAUCCAUUUCUCAAACAUGGACGAGAAGUCACAGCGGUACAUAUCGGACAUUUUCACAACGUGCGUGGACGUCCGCUGGCGAUACAUGUUCCUGCUAUUCAGCCUGGUGUUUGUGGUGUCCUGGCUAACAUUCGGCCUGGCGUACUGGGUCAUCGCCCUCCUGCACGGCGACAUGGAACAUUCCGAAGGGGACGACGGCUUUGUUCCUUGUGUCACGGCGGUCAACACCUUUGUGGCAGCUUUCCUGUUCUCCGUUGAGACCCAGACAACCAUUGGGUAUGGCGCUCGUUGUGUGACGGAGGAAUGCCCGGUUGCUGUCUUCAUGGUGGUCUUUCAGUCCAUCAUGGGCUGCAUCAUCGAUGCCUUCAUGAUUGGCGCCAUCAUGGCCAAGAUGGCAAGGCCCAAAAAGCGUGCGGAGACUCUAUUGUUCAGCCAUAACGCAGUCAUCGCUUUGCGUGAUGGGAAACUGUGCUUCAUGUUUAGGGUUGCUAAUCUAAGGAAGAGCCACAUAGUGGAAGCUCAUGUGCGAGCCCAACUCGUCAAGCCCCGCUACACGGAGGAAGGCGAAUACAUCCCCUUGGAUCAGCUCGACAUGAACGUAGGCUACGAUAAUGGCACAGACCGCCUGUUUCUGGUUGCACCCCUCACUGUCAUACAUGAGAUUGAUGAAGAAAGUCCACUGUUUGGCAUCAGCAAGCAAGAUCUCGGAGCAUCUGACUUUGAGAUAGUGAUUAUACUUGAAGGGUUGGUGGAGGCCACGGCCAUGACGACGCAGGCGCGCAGCUCUUACCUGCCAUCAGAGAUCCUGUGGGGUCACCGCUUUGAGCCCGUCAUCUUCGAGGAGAAGAGCCAGUACAGGAUAGAUUACGCCUACUUUCACAAAACAUUCGAGGUACCAUCCACCCCCAGAUGCAGUGCCAAGGACAUGGAGGAGAGAAAGUUCCCAACAUCUGGCGCCAACUCCUUCUGCUAUGAGAACGAACUGGCCUUCAUCAGCAGGGAUGAGGAGGAGGAGGGAGAUGUGGAGAAAGAGGGAGAGAGGAAGGGUUCACCAGAACAGGCCACUCCUGGACGUGAUCAAAAGUCCUCCCGUAAAGAAUCUGAGAUUUAACCAUUUGUUUUUAGAUGAAGAGCAAUGGCAGCGCCGUGUGAAGAGCCCUAUGACUGUCACUCCAUUGACAAGAGGAUACCAGUAAAGGUGGAGAAACAGCAGCAGGCCAAGGAUGAAACUCAUCACGUUUCUCAUUGGAUUAACUCUUCUGCCUCCCUGAGGUGGUUAUGGAGCUUUAUCAAAUGCAAACAAAACUGUCAUGUGUCAAUUUGCAGAAGAUCCUAGUAAUAAAGUGCAUGACAAUAGCAUAGUUUUCUAUGGAUAUUUUGAGAAAUGUUUCAUAGUUUUGGUGGAACUAUCAAAUAUAUGAUUUGCAACUGAGUGUGGAGUGAAACUGACACUUUGCAGAUGAUGUUUAGGAAACUAAACCUUGGGAAUAUUUCUCCAGAUUCAUUUGGUAAAAACAGGUGUAGAUCAACAGUGGAUUUUAAUCUUAAUGAUAUAACUUAUGUGAACAUAAGACUAAAUAUUCUACAUUAUACAAUGUCAAUGGAUGACUUGGUUAGUGGGCAUACAUACAACUGAUAUAUCAUUUAAGUAUGAGAGACACCUGACGAGGUAGAAUUUUAAAUAUUUCCAUCACAAAAAGGGACAACAUUGUCAUUUAUGCAUACUGACAGGGAAACUAUUCAUCUCUGUCUUCACAUUUCAACCAGAGGGAAACAUUCAACCUGAGUAGAUGUUAAAUAUGUUAUUUCUUUCUCAACUGUUUACCAGAAACAUUGUGGCUUUGCGAGAAAAUGUCACUGACUGAUGAGCGUUUGCUAAGCCUUCCCCCCCUUGGUUACUGUUGCUACACCUGUCAAACUUCCUGUUGGAAACAUAAGCGGUUUACAAUAAUAAUCAAGGGUCAAUUACUAGCUUAUUAAGCUAACCUUUCCUUUAUGAGUUGGUUGCAUGGAUGUAUUAUUAGAACUGGAUACCGGACCCCAAGAUGGCAUCUAUUCAUUCCAAUGAGAAUUACUCACCUGGCGCAUACGCCCAAAAUGUUUUCUAUCUGUUUUUUUGUCAUUUUGGACUGAUAACGCUUAUUAUAUUUAUAAUAUUUUAUUGUUCAACAUAGGCCAUUUCGGUCAAAUAUGACAAUGAAAUAGAAAUAAUUUAGUUUUAUUUUUUAGGUGUACGUUUUACUGGUGUCCAGUAGUCACUUUUAGUCGAAAAUGGCGGAAGCGUAGCUUUGCUGCUGGCCAUUGACGUUACAAUGGAACGAUAAAUUGGCUUUCACUUCUUGUAGUAUUUCUCCUGUUGGCCCGCAAGCUCCCGCUCGGCCCCUACACUUUACAUUCUGAUGACGUCACAGAUUUUUUAAUCGCUUUUCUCGGCUCGAAGAAAGUUUUACAAGUAUAAAACCUCCAUGGAUCAAAAAAUAAGAAUAGAAAGAGUCAUAAUCGACCUUGUUUGCAGUUUAAGAUGUCUUUACAUCUCUUUUACGAUGGUGGUCUAUGGGGAAAUGCUUUUUGGGCUUUGGGGGGAUUUUUCCACUAGAAAAGAAUUGGAAGCAAGGCUGAGCGGCGGCACUGUAUCCAGGUCUUAUUAUACAUCCAUGGUUAGUUGCAAAGGCCAACUCUAAUGUUUGAAGCUGACUUUUUUUCUUUUUUUUUUUAAAUGAGAAAGGGGUCUCAAAUAUGCACUUGCGGCCACAUCAUGAUGUCAUACUAAGAAGCUAAAGCUAACAGGUCACAGACAAAACAUCCUCACCAGUUGAUGAUCCAUGCAGAAAUCUUGGAAAUAAAGAAACAGCAUUGUUCUUGUAUUGCAGUAUAGAGAUAGUUAGUAUUAACUAUGAUGUGGAAGUCAGAUAUGUAAGAUCAGACUGUUAUUUCAUUCUAACAUAACCCUGUUUAGCUUAGUAUUAUUUAGUUUGUACAAUUACACCUGUUUUUACCCUGCCAUGACAUGUCAAAUGGCUGCUCUUAAAGGGCUUAUUGCAGGGUUUAGCAAAUGGUCAAUUGAAAUUAAUUUGUCAAUUCUUCUCAGAUGCAAUAUUUAUUCUAAAGGGAAAUAUAAAUACAGCUGUGUACUGAUAUAUUUGACAGAUGAGACCCUUUCUCUUUAUACAUGUGCUGCUGCAGGUCAAAAAGCCGUCAUCAUGACCUAUUUACAUCUACAAAAAUACAAAAUUAGAAAUAAAUAAAGACAAAUAACAUGACCUCAUAGUCCAGCUUUUUCUGUAACCUCAGGACAUAAAAACAGAGUAGGAGAAUCUAACUGUAAACCCCUAUUGGUAAUCAAAUACUUGACAUAUGAUUUAAGACUCUAAUUAAAGCAAUCUGAAAUGAA